AUGGGAUGUGAGUCAUGUGAAGGGGGUGGUUGCCGUCAUUGUUGCUGCACUCAGUGCGGCGCAACUGUAGAGAGCGGUAACAUUAGGGUAUUUCGGUGCACCCAGUGCCGUUCCCCAACACAUGCAACUUGUGCCUCAUUAGAGGACCAGCCCCUGUUUCCACAGUUCUUUUGCUCUACAAUAUGCCGCUUUGGUAUUACAUUAAACCGCAAUUGUGCUUUUAAUGUCCCUCUGAGUGCUCGCUUAGAGGUAAAAUGCGAUCAACUAUGGCAAGAGAUGUCUGCAACAGAUGCGACUUCGUACUGCCGACUGCGUUGCCGAAUGUGGGCGGAAUAUUUUGAGCGGGAGAAACACCUGCUGCCAAUGGUGCCGCGACACUACGACUUCCCAAGUGAUGUGCGCUUGCGGUUGGUUGAACUCCUCUCACCGGAGGGACAGGCGGAUCUGCUCUGCACACUACACCCACUGGACCACCCCGUCGGCUCCGUAGUUGCACUUCCAGCUCAGCGCGUCUGGCAGACACCGCGGGUGCGGCCCGGCAGCAGCAGCAGUUAUGUGGCGGAGGCCGCAGAGAAAUUAUGCCACAAACCCCAAGGAGUGGUAACACCACGACAGCGCAGUGGCACACCGCGCGUCGGGCAGAAACGAGGGAGAAGCUAG